CAGUGCGGUUUGUGAUCCACUACAGCAUGCCCAAGUCCAUGGAGAACCUCUACCAGCAAGAGAAACCUAGACUAGCUUACUAUCGCAAAAUGCGAUAUAACGCGAUGCGAUGCGAUUUAACCAUGUCUACGUUGCGCUGUCCGGCAUCCGUCUCCUUGAGUGCCCGCGCAGCAUCUCUCGCUCUGGCGCACUUACUCUUACCCCCUCGCAUGAAUCUCGCUGUUUUCUCUGCUGGUUUCUUUUCAUUGCCAUCCCAUUGGUCACCCUCCAUCCUGCACUUUCCACCCCCCACCCUCCAUCCUGCACCAUCCCUCUCUGUGGCCACCAGGAGAGUGCGAGGGCGGGCAGGGACAAGCUGCCAUGCCACGCCAUCAUAUACUUCUCCUCAGCAGACCUAGGCUACAUGAAGCGCGCGUGUGGGGCGGGGAAGAUCAAGGAGUUCCACAGCUGCAACCAAGUGGCUGACUACUGCAUGAAUCGCAGUGUGUGUCGGCACAAGCUGCUGCUGCGCCACUUUGACCUCGACAGGCCAGAGGAGCCGCCCUGUGGAGGCUUUUGUGACAACUGCAGCAAGUCGAGGCACCUGGAGGAAAAGGACGUCACUCCGUACGCCAUGCUGCUGGCGCGCAUCCUGGCGGACUCCCCAUUGCCCCUCACGGCCCCCCAGCUCGCCACUGAGUUCUUCCGCUCCGGCGCUGCCACGGAGGCGGCCGGACUGAUGAGUCAAAUGGCCGCCCAGCCUGCAGGCAAAGGCGACACAACAACUGCUGCUGAUACCACUGCUGCUGCUGGUGUUACGGCUGCUCCUGCUGUUUCCGCUGCUGCUGCUGCUGUUACUGCUUAUGCUGCUGUUACUGCUGAUGCUCUUGAUACCGCUGGUGCUGCUGCUCCUGCUGUUACCGGUGCUCCUGCUGAUACCAGGGGUGUUGCUGCUACCGGUGCUGAUGGGUGUACUGGUAGCAAUGAUGCGUCUGCUUCCGCUGUGACCGUUGCAAGUGCUUCUUCUGCAGCUGCCGGCCCCCGGUCCAUGUCACCUGCUCUGACUGCUUCCGUCGCCAACAGUGGAACAACGGAACCUCACUCUGACCUCUCCACCCCUGCUCCUGCUCCUGCUACUCCCUCAUCUGAUCCUGCUAUCCCCACUCCUGCUACUCCCGCUCCUGCCAUCCCCACUCCUGCCACCCCUGCUCCUGCCACCCCUGCGCCUGCCACCCCUGCUCCCGAUACCCCUGCAUCUACCGCCACUCCCCCUCCCCCUGCUGCUGCCGACCCUGCACCCCCUCCGCCUGUGGCUGUGAAGCCGCUCUCCCGCGCUGUGGUACAGCACCUCAUUCUGCGCAUCCUGUGCCAGGGCUACUUUGUGGAGGUGGUGGAGGGUGCGGGAGAGAACAAGGCGGUACGACUCAAGGCCACUCCCAGGACCGAGGAGAUGGUCGCAGGCCGUGUACCCAUGUCCAUACCUCUCCCCCGGCCCGCUCCACCCAAGAGCCACCCUGCCAAAGUGACGGCUGCAGAGAGAGCAGCAGCGAGACGCAAGGUUGGGGAGCGGGCAGGCGGCAAGGGAAGCAGGGAGGGUGGGGCAGCGGACGGUGGGGCAGUGGAGGGGGGGGCAGCGGAGGAGGGGGACAGGGAUGAGUGUGCGGAGUUGUUAGCGCCGGACUGGUAUGGGGGAUUCGAAGAGGAUGGGAGGGAGGAAGGCGAGGAGGAAGGGGAUGAGGAGGACAUGGUGCCGAUUGCAGCGAGGGUGAGGAGGAGAAUGUCGGACAAAGGGGGGCCAGCCGCGGUGGCUGGAGAGAAGGAUGGAAGGAAGCGGUCAGAGAAGGGGAAGGGGAAGAAGAAGGGGAAGGAUGCAGAGAGGGAGGACACACAGGGAGGAGAUUCCAAUGCUGUGGAGGAAGGUGGACAGAGGGCGCCUAGGGAGAAGGCUAGUGCUGGCGGUGAUAGUGAUGCAGCUGCUGCUGCUGCCGAGGGUGCUGGUCAGCAGUUGGGCAAGUCCAGCAGGGAGGAUGGGGAGGGGGUGAAGGCAGGGAAGAGGAAGAGAAAGGCAGCUCCUCGUGCUGCUAAGAAGUCCAAGACUGACUCGCCUGCCGGCACAGGUGUUGUUGUGGGAACAGAGCAUGCAGUUGAUACGAAUACUACUGCGCCUACUGCCCCGGUUGCUGCCCUGGGUGCUGCAUCCAGUGCGGAUAUGCAUGCUGAUCAUACAGACCAGUCUCAGCAGCAGCAGCAGCAGCAGCAGCAGCAGCAGCAGCAGCAGCAGCAGCAGGAGCAGGAGCAGGGGGAAGGGGAGGAGGAGGAGGCGAAGCUUGUGGAGGAAUCGCAACUGGUGUGGCAGCAUUGGUGUGGCAGCGAGCAGGACCGCAGGGCAGUGACUGCGAGGUUUGUGUCGGCAGUGGACGGCAGGCACAGGCAGCGACUGGUGGACGGCUGCGAGUGGAUCGACCAGAUGGCCAAUACUGCUGCGAGGCUGCGAGACAAACAACUGCAGGCUGCAGAGCGCGGCAAGAAGCGCAGGAAGGGGGGAGAAGAGCAGCGCGUGUGUGCAGGGGAAGCUCAGGCGAAGGUGCGGCAGGAGGCAAGUGGUGCCACGGGCAGUGGUGCUCUGAGCGGCCUGCAGGACCUCCUCCGUGGCUUCAGGUGUGAUGGCGCUGAGUGCUCGCGAGGGGAGUUGCCCAGUGGUGAGGGGAGAGGGAGGAAAAAGGGCCAGGGGGAGGAAGAGGAGGGGGAGGAGGAGAGGAAGGGUAGAGAGGAGAUGGCAGUUUGGUGGGAGGAGGAGGGGGCAAGUGGAGCCAUGGCGAUGGUACUACGGGAGUCACUAGAUAACUUGGCUCAACGGCUGGAAGCACGAAAGCAAAAGCAUAAGGCUAUCCCACUACAUGCACCAUAACCCUGGGAUGUAUGCCCUUAAUGCAUUAAGGGUUUGUAUGUACUGAAGAACGGCUAGCGGUGUCAACUUCAAAACAAAUAGAAAUGCAGAGCCGUUUGUUCACCCAUAAACGGCUUUUACCGUAUCCACCCGGAUAUGUGCCCCCCCGGGGUAUAGGACCCUGGGUCCUUUAAUCAGUGCAUAGGGCUUAUGCGCCUUAUUUGAUUAUAAGCCCCACCCCGUUUGAAGGUCUGUUUGCCCUUACAGGAUCCUCCACUUCUACAAGCCCCUGAGGCUUCAAAGGCGUAGAUUUCAUUUAGUAGCAGGUGUCAACUUAUACAUAUUAUCUAUGUAGAAGUUAUAGGCUAGACUGAGGGCCCUAGAUAUCAGCCUUUUUACGCUGAUUCAGCCUUUUUUCAGACAUUUUGUUGGUACCAAGGCUGAACACUCAGCCUUUUUUGUUUAGUGGGCCCUGAAAAAUCAGCCUUUUUAUUUGUGUGUU